AUGUCUGAAUUAUAUUCAAGGUGGGCUCACCACGCGUUCAUUGAACUGGCAGAUCCUAGGACAACUUCUUGGCCUCUCAUGCAAACUCCAUGGCGGAUUCUUUCAAUUAUCGGACUUUAUUUGAUGUUUGUGAUGUAUUUGGGACCGAGAUUAAUGAAAAACCGAAAACCUUUCAAAUUACAAAAAAUAUUGGUUUUUUACAAUGCAAUCCAAGUGUUAAUCAGCUUGUCACUCGUAUGGCCAGGACUUUACCUCUAUGCAUCCGGAACGUAUAGUUUAUCGUGUCAACCAGUAGACAGAUCCCGAAAUGCGGUCGCAAUGAAGGUCGCUCGUGCAUUUUAUUGGUACCACUUGGCAAAAUUGACAGAACUACUUGAUACGAUUUUCUUCGUGUUGCGCAAGAAAGACAAUCAAGUAUCCUUUUUGCAUGUUGUUCAUCACAGUGGAAUGUCAUUGUUGACUUGGUGCGGUGUCAAAUAUUUUCCAGGUGGUCAUUUAUUGUUCGGAGGAUUUAUUAAUUCCAUCGUUCAUGUCAUUAUGUACACGUAUUACAUGAUUGCCGCAAUGGGUCCAAAAUACCAAAAGUACUUGUGGUGGAAAAAGUAUAUUACAAAAAUUCAAUUGAUACAAUUCGUACUAGGCGUUGUACAUUUUUCUCAAAUUUUCAUUUUUGAUUGUGGAUUCCCGAAAUGGAUUGCUGCUGUAAUUUUACCCAAUGGCUUUUUUAUGUUUGACAUGUUUAGUGAUUUUUAUAAAAAGGCGUACAUCACAAGAAAGGAAGCGGAGCAAAAGGCAUUACUAAUGAAGGAUCAACAGAUUAGAGAAAUUGAAACUGAUAAUGAUAAGCAAAAGGUCCACUAA